AUGCCGAGCUGGAUGCGUGCUAUUCGUCAUUCUUCACAUCUCGCAAUACGUUGUUUUUGUAUGAAACCACCCCUGAAGGAGGACUUAAAUGCAAUUCUUUGCCGUCAAAUUCGAUCAGCUGGUCCAAUAUCUGUUGCAGAAUAUAUGAAAAUCGCCAUGCACCAUCCCGUUCAUGGGUAUUACACUAAUUUUUCUGUUUUGGGGCCUGAUGGUGAUUUCAUCACCUCACCCGAAAUAAGUCAGAUUUUUGGUGAGAUCCUCGGGAUUUGGAUUGUUAAUGAAUGGAUGAAGUAUAGCAAAAACGCACCCUUUGAUAUUGUGGAGUUAGGUCCUGGUCGCGGAACUUUAAUGGCUACUGUCAUUAAAGCGCUUUGCAAAUUUCCCACUGGAAGUUCACUUUUCCGCCAUCUGUAUUUCGUUGAACGUAGCGACCGCUUACGCGAAUUGCAAAAAUCCGUCAUAUCUCCUAUUCUCAAAACCUAUUGUAUCAAACCUGAACUUUCAUGGCACUCCUCUCUAGAUGAAAUACCUGGAGGGUGUGUCACUUUUUAUCUGGCAAAUGAGUUUUUUGACGCACUACCCAUCCAUCGGUUCCAGCUUGCUGGCGAUCUAUCGGAUAAAAAUUGUGUUGAGAUUUGCCCUGAAGCCGGGGCAAUUCUUCAAAAAAUCGCUUCUCGCAUUGCAACCGAUGGAGGCUCAGCAUUAAUCAGCGACUAUGGCCACCUUGGAGAAUGUGGAGAUACGUUACGUGCGUUCAAAGACCACAAGCUCCAUGACCCGCUCAAAGACCCCGGUCAGGCGGAUAUCACUGCGGACGUCGAUUUUGCAUUUCUGCGACGAUCUGUUGAAGCUAUAAAAGAACCGGUCAUUUUUCAUGGGCCUGUGAGUCAGGCUUACUUCCUUGUACAUAUGGGCAUUCUCUUACGACUCAAGGUACUUGUUGAAAGGACUACUAGUGAGGAGGACAAGAAGAGGUUGAUUGCGGCAACAGAGAUGCUUAUCGGGUCGAAUCAGAUGGGCAAGCGCUUCAAAUUCAUGGCCCUCACCCCGGGGCGCAGCGAGAAGGAGAAAGAACACAUCCCUGCUGGUUUUUAUCCCACUUGGGAUACUGAUAAGGCUUAG